CGACAGGUCAUUUAUCCUUUGAGUAUAUGAAACAAAGUUCCCGCCUUUUUUCUGCCGGCUCCGUAUGAUCCGAAGCUCCAAAGCCUCCAAAGUAUGAAGUUGCACAUAACCUUAAUGUUCAAAUGCAUUUGUUGUCAAACGAGGAAUAACAGAAAAAAAUGGUUGCUGAGAAAUCGUUAAAUCUGCCAUGGGUCGAGAAAUAUCGUCCGUCAACUCUGGACGAUUUGAUAUCUCACGAAGAUAUCAUAAAAACAAUCAACAAAUUUAUCGAUGAAAAUCAACUUCCCCAUUUGCUUCUGUACGGUCCACCUGGUACUGGAAAAACUAGUACCAUACUAGCAUGUGCCCGAAAACUCUACAAACCUGCACAAUUCACCUCUAUGGUUUUAGAACUGAAUGCUUCGGAUGACCGAGGUAUAGGUAUAGUGAGAGGACAAAUAUUGAGUUUUGCAAGCACAGGAACUAUGUACCGCUCAGGUUUCAAAUUGAUUAUCUUGGACGAAGCGGAUGCUAUGACCAACGACGCACAGAAUGCUCUCAGAAGAAUCAUGGAGAAAUAUACAGACAAUGUAAGAUUCUGCAUAAUAUGCAACUAUCUUAGUAAAAUCAUUCCGGCUCUUCAGUCUCGUUGUACGAGAUUCAGGUUUGGCCCACUUGCAACAGAGCAAAUUGUUCCUAGGCUCGAACACGUCAUCCAGGAAGAAAAAGUUACUGUUAACGAAGAAGGCAAAAAAGCUCUUAUGACUCUCAGCGGUGGAGAUAUGAGAAGAGUUAUAAAUAUCCUGCAAAGCACGUGGCUUGCUUUUGGUUCCGUAACUGAAGAAAAUGUUUACGCCUGCGUUGGACAUCCUUUGCCAGUUGAUAUUAAAAAUAUUCUCAAUUGGCUGCUCAACGAGACUUAUGAAAAUACGUACAACAAAAUAAAAGAGCUCAAAAUACAGAAAGGACUGGCCCUUCAAGAUAUUAUAACCGAGUUGCACACACUGGUAAAAAAAAUCGAAUUUCCAGACAACGUUAUGAUAGAUUUGAUAAUAAGAUUGGCCGAGAUAGAGAAGCGCACAGCAUCAGGAGCGAGCGAAGCAGUUCAGCUGAAUUCUCUAGUUGCUGCUUUCCAGAAUGUCCGGAAUAUGUAACAAUAAUUCGAUAAAGGAAAAGCUGAAAGACAACGACGGGGAUCACAGGACCAACUUCGAGAGCGACUCGAGAACAUUUUACAUUUUCAUUAAAGCGAGGAUCCUUUUUUUUCUUACUUACUUUCUCUAACUUCAUCAGGAAAGUUCGUAAUUAGUAUAACACGCCGGACAUCUUUGAAACUCGAUGGGCAGGUAUUUGUACGUGAAAGAGAGAGACAGAACACGAGGGAUGAAAUACGUAUUGAAUUUCAUAAUAAAAAAGUCACGAAAACGGAUGAAAUUUUAUGAAAAAAAAACGAAAGUAACGGAUCGACUGUAUCGCUCAGUUUUUUGCUUCUAAAAACUACACACCGUAACUUCGAGAUUUCUUCUCAAGGUGAUUGAUAAAGUAAUUACAAUAUCUGUUAAUUCAUCGUCUUGAUUAUUAAGCAUUAUUUAUUUGUCAUGUUUUUUACCUUGCAUUGAUUAAUAAAUCACUAUAUUUCUACAAGUUUUCCAAGAAA